UCCUGCACAGUCUACGGUACCCGGGAUAACCUAAAAGCCACGGUGCGAAACCUCGUGGCGCGCGUGGCGAUCGCGUGAAGGUGUAUCGUGCAAUCACUUUCGCGGCGAAUGCAGCUUCUCAGGCGCGGUUUGCAUCAUAUCGCGCGUAGGGUUGCUGCGCACCGCGUGUCCGGCGACGUUCCGCUUGCGAGACCACCUGUCAGACGCGUCGCGGCUACCGUCAGUCUUCUUGAUUUCAGCCGGUGGGGCACCAGGAAGGCGAACAGAAGCGUGAAGAUCGCCCUCGUCCUCGACAUGACGGAUCCGAAGGUCGAGGAAGUCCUAGCGCCGCUCCGGGCGAGCGUCAAGGAACAAGGUGACUAUGUGCGGAAGUUGAAAUCCGAUGGUGCUCCAGAAUUGGACGUCAAAAAGGCCGUAGCCGAACUGAAGCUGCGCAAAAAGAUACUAGAGGAUAAAGAGCUGUCUCUGGCGUCCAGCAAUGUAACGUUCGACCGGGCGCGGAUGGAAGAUCUCCUGAAGCGUAGAUUCUUUUUAGAUCAGUCCUUCGCGAUUUACGGCGGUGUCACCGGUCAAUAUGACUUUGGGCCCAUGGGCUGUUCGUUGAAGACGAACCUGAUAAACGCCUGGAGAAAUUUCUUCGUGCUGGAGGAACAGAUGCUGGAAGUCGACUGCUCCAUUCUGACACCCGAGCCGGUGCUGAAAGCGUCCGGCCAUGUGGAGCGAUUCGCCGAUCUGAUGGUGAAGGAUGUGAAGACCGGCGAGUGCUUCCGGCUGGAUCACCUGAUCAAGGCGCACUUGGAGAAGAUAAUCUGCGACAAGAAAACGAGCGAGGAGACGCGCGAGGAAUGCAGGGACAUCAUCAUCAAGCUGGACGGUAUGACGAAGAGCGAGAUGGCCGCAGUGUUGUUGAAGUAUAACAUGAAAUCGCCGGUUUCCGGUAACGACUUGACGGAACCGAUAGAAUUCAACUUGAUGUUCGGCACUCAGAUUGGACCGACGGGGCUCAUCAAGGGCUUCCUGAGACCAGAAACGGCCCAAGGUAUCUUCGUGAACUUCAAGCGAUUACUGGCGUUCAAUCAGGAACGACUGCCGUUUGCCGCGGCGCAGAUCGGUAAUGCCUUCAGGAACGAGAUUUCCCCACGAUCCGGACUUAUACGCGUUCGAGAGUUCACCAUGGCAGAAAUCGAGCACUUCUGCGACCCGAACGACAAGAGUCAUCCCAAGUUCGAGACGGUCAAGGACAUAAGUAUGCUGCUGUAUUCGGCCUGCAAUCAGAUGGACGGCAAGAGCGCGCAGCGCCUCACCAUAGGCGAGGCCGUCUCGUCUGGCUUGGUGGCGAACGAGACGCUGGGCUACUUCAUGGCUCGGAUCCAUCGGUUCCUAUUGAAGGUCGGCGUCGAUCCGAACCGCCUGCGUUUCCGUCAGCACAUGAGCAAUGAAAUGGCGCAUUACGCCUGCGACUGCUGGGACGCCGAGUGCCUGACGUCCUACGGAUGGAUCGAGUGCGUGGGAUGCGCCGACCGGUCCGCCUAUGACUUGACGCAGCAUACCAAGGCCACCGGUGUGAAAUUGGUGGCUGAGAAGAAACUACCCGCUCCGAAAACGGUGGACGUUUGCGAGAUUAUACCGAACAAGGUGUUGAUCGGUAAAACGUUCAAGAAGGAUAGCAAAGUAGUGCAAGAGGCGCUAGCAGCAUUAGGCGAGAAGGAGAUUGUGUCCUUGGAGAAAGUUCUUAGCGAGAACGGAGGACACGAGCUGACACUGCCCAGCAACGUCGUCGUGAAGAUCACCAAGGACAUGAUAGAAGUAAAGCGUUACCAGAAGACUGUUCACGUUGAAGAGAUUAUACCCUCGGUGAUCGAGCCUUCCUUCGGCAUUGGUCGUAUCAUGUAUGCCCUGUUCGAACAUAAUUUCAAGACGAGAGAAGGUGACGAGAAGAGAACGUAUUUCGCCCUACCGCCGGUGGUAGCGCCGUUGAAAUGUUCGGUAUUACCGCUCAGUGGCAACGACGAAUUUGUGCCGUUUGUGAGAAAAUUAUCGCAAGAUCUUACAAGAGCAGACGUCUCGCACAAAGUGGACGACUCUUCCGGAAGCAUAGGACGCAGAUAUGCUCGUACCGACGAGAUAGCGAUACCGUUUGGUAUUACCAUCGACUUUGACACUUUGAGGACACCGCACAGUGCAACACUUAGAGACAGAGACAGCAUGGGACAAGUCAGGAUAAAUUUGGAUGAGCUGCCUGGCGUUGUGAGGGAUCUCUCUUAUGGAAGAACUACUUGGACGGAAGUGGAGGCAAAGUAUCCCAAGUUUGAACAACAAGAAUCUACAGAAUCAUAGAGAAUUUAAAUAGACUUGGGAAUAAUUUAUUUGUACUAUAUAUAUAGAAUUGUACUAUAUAUAUAUAGGACUGUAUUUUGAAUGGCGUAUAUA